CAGUGGCCACGACGCGGGGGCGGGGCGAAGGCUGCGGCGCGUCGGGAGCACGCACACGUUGCAUCCUCGCUUUCAGCGAGUCUGGGGCGUUUCGGGCGCCAGACAGGUGGACUGGCAAGGUAGACCAGCAGACUGGUGGAGAUGGCAACGCUCUGUCUAACCGUGAACUCAGGAGAUCCUCCCUUGGGAGCUUUGCUGGCAGUGGAACACUUGAAAGGUGAUGUCAGCAUUUCUGUUGAAGAAGGGAAAGAGAAUAUUCUUCGUGUUUCUGAAAAUGUGGUAUUUGUGGACGUAAAUUCCAUCCUUCGUUACCUGGCUAGAGUUGCAAAUAGAGUUGGGCUCUAUGGCUCUAACCUUUUGGAACAUACUGAGAUUGAUCACUGGUUGGAGUUUAGUACUACAAAAUUGUCUUCAUGUGAUUUGUUUACUUCUGCUGUCAAUGAGCUCAAUCAUUGCCUGUCUCUGAGAACAUACUUAGUUGGGAACUCCUUGAGCUUAGCAGAUUUGUGUGUUUGGGCCACCCUAAAAGGCAGUGCUGCAUGGCAGGAACAAUUGAAACAGAACAAAGCUCCAGUUCAUGUAAAACGCUGGUUCGGCUUUCUUGAAGCCCAGCAAGCCUUCCAGUCAGUGGGUUCCAAGUGGGGAGUUUCAGCAAACAAAGCUAAGGUGGUACCUGAGAAAAAACAAGAUGUUGGGAAAUUUGUUGAGCUUCCAGGUGCAGAGAUGGGAAAGGUUACUGUCAGAUUUCCUCCAGAGGCUAGUGGUUACUUACACAUUGGGCAUGCAAAAGCUGCUCUUCUGAACCAGCACUACCAGGUUAACUUUAAAGGGAAACUGAUCAUGAGAUUUGAUGACACAAAUCCUGAAAAAGAAAAGGAAGAUUUUGAGAAGGUUAUCUUGGAAGAUGUUGCAAUGUUGCACAUCAAACCAGAUCAGUUUACUUACACCUCUGAUCAUUUUGAAACUAUAAUGAAAUACGCAGAGAAGCUAAUUCAAGAAGGGAAGGCUUAUGUGGAUGAUACCCCUGCCGAGCAGAUGAAGGCAGAGCGUGAACAGAGGCUAGAAUCCAAACACAGACAAAACUCAAUUGAGAAGAAUCUACAAAUGUGGGAAGAAAUGAAAAAAGGGAGCCAGUUUGGUCAGUCCUGCUGUUUGCGAGCAAAAAUUGACAUGACUAGUAACAAUGGAUGCAUGAGAGAUCCCACCCUUUAUCGCUGCAAAAUCCAACCACACCCAAGAACUGGCAGUAAAUACAAUGUUUAUCCAACAUAUGAUUUUGCCUGCCCCAUAGUUGACAGCAUUGAAGGUGUUACACAUGCCCUGAGAACAACAGAAUACCAUGACAGAGAUGAGCAGUUUUAUUGGAUUAUUGAAGCUUUAGGCAUAAGGAAGCCAUAUAUUUGGGAAUAUAGUCGGCUAAAUCUCAACAACACAGUGCUAUCCAAAAGAAAACUCACGUGGUUUGUCAACGAAGGACUGGUAGAUGGAUGGGAUGACCCCAGAUUCCCUACGGUUCGUGGUGUGCUGAGAAGAGGGAUGACAGUUGAAGGGCUGAAACAGUUCAUUGCUGCUCAGGGUUCCUCACGGUCAGUUGUGAACAUGGAAUGGGACAAAAUCUGGGCAUUUAACAAAAAGCUGCGAGUUCUCUGUAAGAAGGUUAUUGACCCUGUGGCUCCACGAUAUGUAGCAUUACUGAAGAAAGAAGUAGUUUCAGUGAAUGUCCCUGAAGCUCAGGAGGAGAUGAAAGAAGUCUCCAAACACCCGAAGAAUCCUGAUGUAGGCUUGAAGCCUGUGUGGUACAGCCCCAAAAUUUUCAUUGAAGGUGCUGAUGCAGAGACUUUGUCAGAGGGGGAAAUGGUUACGUUUAUCAACUGGGGCAACAUCAACAUUACUAAAAUACAUAAAAACGCAGAUGGAAAAAUUGUAUCUCUUGAUGCAAAAUUAAAUUUGGAGAACAAGGACUACAAGAAAACCACUAAGAUCACUUGGCUCGCAGAGACUGCACAUGCUCUUCCUGUUCCAGCAAUCUGUGUCACCUAUGAGCACUUGAUCACAAAACCAGUACUAGGAAAAGAUGAGGACUUUAAGCAGUAUGUCAACAAGAACAGUAAGCGUGAGGAACUAAUGCUAGGGGACCCGUGCCUUAAGGAUCUGAAGAAAGGAGACAUUAUUCAGCUCCAGAGAAGAGGAUUCUUCAUCUGUGAUCAACCUUAUGAACCUGUGAGCCCGCAUAGUUGCAAAGAAGCCCCAUGCGUUUUGAUAUACAUUCCAGAUGGACAUACAAAGGAAAUGCCAACAUCUGGCUCAAAGGAAAAGACUAAAGUAGAAACCAUAAAAAAUGAGACAACUGCUCCUUUUAAAGACAGACCAGCACCUUCUCUGAGUAACACUUGUGCUACAUCUGAGGAUCCUGUGCUCCUUUACAACAAAGUGGCUGCUCAAGGGGAUGUGGUUCGUGAAUUAAAAAGCAAAAAAGCAGCGAAAGAAGAUAUAGAUAUAGCUGUAAAACAGCUUUUGGCUCUGAAAGCUGAAUAUAAGGAGAAGACUGGCCAGGAAUAUAAACCUGGGAAUCCUCCCACUGCAGUCAUACAGAAUAUUUCUUCUAAGUCAUCAACAAGUGUUCUGGAAAGUAAAUCUCUGUAUGAUGAAGUUGCUGCACAAGGGGAGGUCGUGCGUAAGCUGAAAGCCGAGAAGGCCCCCAAGAUGGCUGCAAUAGCUGAAACUGUGCUGAUUGGAAGCCAGAAGCCAGGAGCCUCCCCUGGGUCUCCCACAAAGGCUAAAAUUAACGAAGCUGUAGAAUGCUUGCUGUCCCUGAAAGCUGAAUACAAAGCCAAAACUGGGAAGGAGUAUGUACCUGGUCAGCCCCCAUUAUCUCAGAGUUCAGAUUCAAGUCCUGCUGGAAACUCUGACCCUAGGGGUCCAGAAACACCAGAAGCCAAAGCACUUUUUGACAAAGUAGCUUGCCAAGGAGAAGUAGUUCGAAAACUUAAAGCUGAAAAAACCUCCAAGGAUCAAAUAGAUGCAGCCGUACAGGAACUGCUUCAGCUGAAGGCACAAUACAAGUCACUGACUGGAGUGGAGUACAAGCCUGUAUCUGCCACGGGGGCUGAGGAAAAAGAUAAGAAGAAGAAAGAAAAAGAAAAUAAAUCUGAAAAGCAGAAUAAGCCUCAGAAACAAAAUGACAGCCAAAGGAAAGAUACUUCUAAAAGCCAAGGAGGUGGACUGUCAGCAAGUGGAGCAGGAGAAGGGCAAGGGCCUAAGAAGCAGACCAGGUUGGGUCUUGAGGCAAAAAAGGAAGAAAAUCUUGCUGAUUGGUAUUCUCAGGUUAUUACAAAGUCAGAAAUGAUUGAAUACUAUGACGUCAGUGGCUGCUAUAUUCUUCGUCCCUGGGCAUACUCCAUUUGGGAAUCCAUCAAGGACUUUUUUGAUGCUGAGAUCAAGAAACUUGGUGUUGAAAACUGCUAUUUCCCCAUAUUUGUGUCUCAAAGUGCAUUAGAGAAAGAGAAGACACAUGUUGCUGACUUUGCCCCUGAGGUUGCUUGGGUCACAAGAUCUGGCAAAACAGAAUUGGCAGAACCAAUUGCCAUUCGUCCUACUAGUGAAACAGUAAUGUAUCCUGCAUAUGCAAAAUGGGUGCAGUCACACAGAGACCUGCCCAUCAGGCUUAACCAGUGGUGCAAUGUGGUGCGUUGGGAGUUCAAGCACCCUCAGCCUUUUCUGCGUACUCGUGAAUUCCUGUGGCAGGAAGGGCAUAGUGCGUUUGCUACCUUUGAAGAAGCAGCAGAAGAGGUCUUGCAGAUACUUGACUUAUAUGCUCGGGUGUAUGAAGAACUCCUAGCAAUUCCUGUUGUAAAAGGAAGAAAGACUGAGAAGGAAAAAUUUGCAGGAGGAGACUAUACAACUACAAUAGAAGCAUUUAUAUCUGCCAGUGGAAGGGCUAUCCAGGGAGGAACAUCACAUCAUUUAGGACAGAAUUUCUCCAAAAUGUGUGAGAUUGUUUUUGAAGAUCCAAAGACACCAGGAGAGAAGCAAUUUGCCUAUCAGUGCUCAUGGGGCCUGACAACUCGAACUAUUGGUGUUAUGAUCAUGGUUCAUGGAGACAAUAUGGGUUUAGUGUUACCACCCCGUGUAGCCUCUGUUCAGGUGGUGGUGAUUCCUUGUGGCAUUACAAAUGCACUCUCUGAAGAAGACAAAGAAGCACUGAUUGCAAAAUGCAAUGAUUACUGCAGGCGGUUACUAAGUGUUAGCAUUCGAGUUAGAGCUGAUUUGCGAGACAACUACUCUCCAGGUUGGAAAUUCAAUCACUGGGAGCUCAAGGGAGUUCCAAUUAGACUUGAAGUUGGGCCACGUGAUAUGAAGAACUGUCAGUUUGUAGCUGUCAGACGAGAUACUGGAGAAAAGCUGACAAUUGCUGAAAAUGAAGCUGAGACUAAACUUCAGACUAUUUUGGAAGAUAUCCAGGCUAACCUUUUUACAAGGGCUUCUGAAGACCUUAAGACUCAUAUGGUUGUAGCUGAUACAAUGGAAGACUUUCAGAAGAUACUAGAUUCUGGAAAGAUUGCUCAGAUUCCAUUCUGUGGGGAAAUUGACUGUGAAGACUGGAUUAAAAAGACCACUGCCAGGGAUCAAGAUCUUGAACCUGGUGCUCCAUCCAUGGGAGCAAAAAGUCUUUGCAUCCCCUUCAAACCACUUCGUGAGCUGCAGCCUGGAGCCAAAUGCAUCUGUGGCAAGAACCCUGCCAAGUUCUACACCUUGUUUGGUCGGAGUUACUAAAGGAUACAGCAAAAUCCUCUCCAACCUUCCUUAUUUUUUAAAAAAUUGAUACUAAUACCUUCCCAGACUCAGAUAGUUUUAUGAUUUUUUUUAAAAUAAAAGUUCUAAAAGGAAGUCAUAUGAGACAAACUACUAUUCUUAUGCUUAAUUCACAGUGGGAUAAAGGAUUUUCUGUAAACAACCCCAGUAAUAAAUAUCAUGAACUAUUA